CUUUUCCCUUCAGAAAUCAAACAGAGGAUGACAGUAGGAAACCAUUCCAUAGUAACCAAGUUCAUCCUGGCUGGGCUCUCAGAACAGCCAGAGCUCCAGCUGCCCCUCUUCCUCCUCUUCCUAGGAAUCUACUUGGUCACCAUGGUCGGCAACCUGGGCAUGAUCAUACUGAUUGGGCUCAGCUCUCACCUGCACACUCCCAUGUACUAUUUGCUCAGCAGUCUGUCCUUCAUUGAUUUUUGUCAAUCCACGAUAAUUAUCCCUAAAAUGCUGGUCAAUUUCGUGGCAGAAAAAAACAUCAUCUCCUAUCCGGAAUGCAUGAUCCAGCUGUACUUCUUCAUUAUUCUUGCUAUAGCGGAGUGUUACAUGCUGGCUGCAAUGGCAUAUGAUCGCUAUGUUGCCAUCUGUAGGCCAUUGCUUUACAAUAUGGUCAUGUCUUAUGAAGUCUGUGUCUGGCUCAUAGUUGCAGUGUACAUCGUGAGUUUGGUUGGUGCCACGGCACAUACUGUUUGCAUGCUAAGGGUGUUUUUCUGUAAGGCUAAUAUAAUCGAUCAUUACUUCUGUGAUCUUUUCCCACUACUGAGACUUUCCUGUUCCAGUACUUACAUCAAUGAGAUCGUACUUUUGUGCUUCAGCACAUUCAACAUCCUUGUCCCAGUACUGAUCAUCCUCAGUUCUUACAGCUUCAUCAUUCACAGCAUCCUGGGCAUCCGUUCCACUAAGGGUAGGUCCAAGGCCUUCAGCACUUGCAGCUCUCAUUUCCUAGCUGUUGGCUUGUUCUUUGGUUCUCUAGCAUUUAUGUACCUACAGCCAUCAUCUGGCAACGACCUUGGCCAAAACAAAGUGUCUUCUGUGAUUUAUACCAUUAUUGUACCCAUGUUGAAUCCUCUUAUCUACAGUUUGAGAAAUAAAGAUGUUAAGGUUGCCCUUAACAAGGUACUUGGAAGUAAUUUUUUAUGA